AUGCUGCAAAGAGGGCAGAGCAACAAAAGACAAAAAGUUUUGUCUGAGGAGGCUUUCACUCGCCUCAACCGAACGUCCAAACUCGUCAGUGUGGUGGUGGUGGUGGUGGGUGGGGACUCUUUUAAGUGUUGCGAGUCCCCGCAGGAGCUGAGCUCAGGAUAUGAGCUGCAAAUCUACACACGACAAGGCACAGUAUCGUGCGACCGAGACCUGCACUUUUGUGGCACGUGGCGGCACGGUGCAUACCCGUUGAGCCUGAACUUCAACAUCUCACUCGGGUGCGGUCAGAUCGGGGUAGCGGCCAACGAGAGCUCCCUGACAGUCCACGGGCAGAUCGCUGCGCAAUGCAGGCGCUCUGGAGUGUACGUACUCAACCACGGGGGACUGAACAAGGACGGAGUGACUGACUUCUGUUUGUACUGGGAGCCACUGCAGGAUCAGCUGAAGUUACAGGUGGGAAAAAGAAAUCUCACCCUUUGUUGGCCCAGCGCCACGCCCAACUCCUGUUGCACGUACAUGUCGUACACAUCCAACGCCCCCGAGGCUGUUUAUGGCAUCGCAAACGGGAGGCUGGAGGGCGAUGUCAUCACCCGAAAAACCCUGACAGCAUACAAGUUUAUUGGGACCGAAGUCAAAUGCGGUAAGAUGCGGUCGAUGGCUGACCGUACUCCUGGAGAGCCUCUCUGCACCCUCAGCUCGGAGGUGGAGCUCAAGGAUGACUUCAAUGGCGUAAAUAUCGACUCGAGUAGUGUGGAAGGCGUUACGCCAGAGUCUGCCACCACCAUCCACCUUCCCCCAGCUUUGAAGCAAGCUGCCAAGAACAACAGUAAAGUUGUUUACACCUUCUUCAAAAACAACUCCAUGUUCCAGGAGGAUCUCAAGGAGGUAAAAGUUCUUGACAGUGUGGUGGAAAUCUCCAUUGAGAACGAAGUCAUCCAGAACCUGCCAGAGCCAAUCAGAAUUGGCUUCCAUCAUGAUGUCAUUCCAAAAACACGUUCAAGGACAUGUGUCUCGUGGGACACCAGGAAAGAUCCCAUGAAGGUGAAGUGGUUGAAGGAGGGCUGCAGGACGCAGCAGAAAGGAGCGAAACAUACCGAAUGCCUCUGCGAUCACCUGACCUACUUCACAGUACUGGUGCAACUGGAGCCUCGCCCUGUGCGCCACCUGGUGGCUCUGACUGCAAUUACAUGUCUGGGCUGCGCCGUUUCUUUCAUCAGCGGCAUCGCACUUAUUGUCUUCCUCUGCAGGAGAAGGCGAACUAAGGAUCCGGCCACACCUAUCCACUUGGGUUUAGCCGUGUCUCUUACGUUUCUGCACCUGCUCUUCUUCUUCACUGGCAUUCUGGCCAACGCUGGAGGACAGGAUUUAUGCGUCCUGGUGGGGGCUGGCCUUCAUUACGCCCUACUCAGCGCCUUCUCCUGGAUGGGUAUUGAAGUAUUUCACACAUUCUGGCUGGUGUACGUGGUGUUCAGACCCGCUCCUAACAUCUGCGUGUGGAAUCUGCUCGGCUUCGUCCUGCCCGCUGUUCCCGUCAUCAUCCUGGCGGGGGUCGGUGACAUCUACGGCCUAAGGGAGGUAGUGCCAAGUGAGGACCAAGAGAACCCCUUCAAGAUGUGUUGGAUGAAGCUCAACCCCACGGCUUUGCUGGCUCACCACCUCACCAACACCACCGUUUUGGCAAUGCUAGUGUCGGCGGGCUUGGUGAUGCUCAUGCUAGUCUACCGGGAGAUUCGCAACCGGGACGAAUGGCGAAACAACCGCGUGGCCUUCCUCAGCAUCUGGGGACUCAGCUGUCUCUUCGGAACCACCUGGGGUCUCGCUUUCUUCGACUUUGGACCUUUCUCUGACUUUUUCCUCUUCCUCUCUUGCAUCCUCAAUUCUUUCCAAGGUUUCCUACUGAUGCUGAGGUUUUUCAUGCUGGACUGGAUGCGCAAGCACGCAGUGAGGAUGAAAGAAUCCCCCGCCAAGGUUUGCCGUUUGCCCGCGUCACAGUCUACCAUGAGUCAGGAACCUUUGGAGCCUCUUUGUCCAACUUCAUGA